UGUUGCGCGCGCUCUGACCGGAUUCACGGUAACCGAGAGGGUAAAAUGGGGCAGCGCGCGCUCGCCUGUAUCCUGCUGCUCCCGUGGCUCGUGAACCGCGCACGAGGAGGAUUUCCUAAUCAGAUCAGCAUCGGUGGGUUGUUCCUGAGGUCCACGGUUCAGGAGCACAGUGUGUUCCGCUUCGCUGUUCAGCUCUACAACACCAACCAGAAUGCAACAGAGAAACCGUUUCAUCUUCACUACAACGUGGACAACCUGGAACAGAGCGACAGCUUCUCCGUUACACACGCGUUCUGUUCUCAGUUCUCCAGGGGUGUGUAUGCUAUAUUCGGGUUCUAUAACCAGCGCUCGGUGAACACGCUCCUGUCGUUCUCCAGCGCCCUGCACACCUCCUUCAUCACCCCAUCACAGCCCGCUGAGGCCGACACCCACUUCCUCCUCCAGCUCAGACCCGCCCUCAAGGGGGCGGUGCUGAGCAUGAUCACACACUACAAAUGGGAGAAGUUUGUCUACCUGUACGAUACACAACGAGGGUUCGCUCUCCUCCAGGCCCUGAUGGAGGCAGCUAUAGUCAGUGAUUGGCAGGUGACGGUUCGAUCUGUCGGGAACGUGGUGGAUUUUUUAGAAUAUCGGCGGAUUAUUGAGGACAUGGAGCGCCGUCAGGAAAAGUUCUUUAUUAUCGACUGUGAAGAGGAACGCAUCAAUGCCAUUUUGGAACAGGUCGUGGCCUCGGGGAAGAACAGUCGAGGAUAUCACUACAUCCUGGCUAAUCUGGGUUUCUCCAAUGCCAGUGCAGAGAAGGUGUUUUUGGGCGGGGCGAACGUGACAGCGUUUCAGAUUAUAAACCCUCAGAACCCCAUCGUACAGCAGUUCAUGCAGCGCUGGGAUAAACUCGACGAGAGAGAGUUUCCUCAGGCUAAAAACACCCCGCUAAAGUACACCUCAGCGCUGACCCACGAUGCCGUGCUGGUGAUAUCGGAGGCGUUUCGAUAUUUGCGGCGGCAGCGUGUGGACGUUUCUCGGCGUGGCAGCGCUGGAGAUUGUUUAGCUAACCCAGCGGUUCCGUGGAGUCAGGGCAUCGACAUCGAGCGAGCUUUAAAAAUGGUGCAGGUUCAGGGAAUGACGGGAAAUAUUCAGUUUGAUUCGUUUGGUCGGCGUACAAACUUCACCAUCGAUGUUUACGAGAUCAAACCUGGAGGAGCCAGAAAGAUCGGUUAUUGGAAUGAAUAUGAGAAGUUUGUUUACGUUACUGAGCUGCAGGUGACGAACGAAUCGUCUUCAGUGGAGAACCGAACAAUUGUGGUCACCACGAUAAUGGAAGCUCCGUACGUGAUGUAUAAGAGGAAUUACCUGCAGCUGGAGGGAAACGAUCGUUAUGAAGGUUACUGCGUGGAUUUGGCCUCAGAAAUCGCCAAACACGUGGGAAUCAGAUACAAACUCUCCGUCGUGGCUGAUGGGAAAUACGGAGCACGAGACCCUGACACCAAAACAUGGAACGGUAUGGUGGGGGAGCUGGUGUACGGGAGAGCCGAUAUCGCCGUGGCUCCUCUCACCAUAACGCUGGUGCGUGAGGAGGUGAUCGACUUCUCCAAACCCUUCAUGAGUUUGGGAAUCUCCAUCAUGAUCAAGAAGCCUCAGAAGUCGAAGCCGGGCGUGUUCUCGUUCCUCGACCCCCUGGCCUACGAGAUCUGGAUGUGUAUCGUGUUCGCGUACAUCGGCGUGAGCGUGGUUCUGUUCCUCGUCAGCCGCUUCAGUCCGUACGAGUGGAGCUCCGACGAGAACGACGAGGCCAAAGAUCCUCAGGCCCCGCCCGACCCGCCCAACGACUUCGGCAUUUUUAACAGUCUGUGGUUCUCACUCGGAGCCUUCAUGCAGCAAGGAUGCGAUAUCUCACCAAGGUCUCUCUCAGGUCGAAUCGUUGGAGGGGUGUGGUGGUUCUUCACUCUCAUCAUCAUCUCAUCCUACACGGCGAACCUGGCGGCGUUUCUCACUGUGGAGAGAAUGGUGUCACCCAUCGAGAGCGCUGAAGAUCUCGCCAAACAAACCGAGAUCGCUUACGGCACGCUCGACUCCGGAUCCACCAAAGAGUUCUUCAGGCGCUCUAAGAUCGCCGUCUAUGAGAAGAUGUGGUCGUACAUGAAGUCUGCCGAACCCUCGGUGUUUGCGAAGACCACGCCCGACGGCGUGGCACGGGUCCGGAAGUCGAAGGGGAAGUUUGCCUUCCUGCUGGAGUCGACCAUGAACGAGUACAUCGAGCAGAGGAAACCCUGCGACACCAUGAAGGUCGGAGGAAACCUCGACUCCAAGGGUUACGGAGUGGCCACGCCCAAGGGAUCGGCAUUAAGAAGCGCUGUGAACCUGGCGGUGCUGAAGCUGAACGAGCAGGGUCUGCUGGACAAGCUGAAAAACAAGUGGUGGUACGACAAGGGCGAGUGUGGCAGCGGGGGCGGAGACUCCAAGGAUAAGACGAGCGCGCUGAGCCUCAGUAAUGUAGCGGGCGUGUUCUACAUCCUGGUGGGGGGUCUCGGACUCGCCAUGACGGUGGCGCUGGUGGAGUUUUGCUACAAGUCGCGUCAGGAGACCAAACGACUCAAACUGGCGAGUAACGCUCAGAACUUUAAACCCGCCCCCCCGGCUAACACGCAGAGUUUCGCCACCUACAGGGAGGGGUACAACGUCUACGGCACCGAGAGCGUCAAGAUAUAACCGUAACCGAAGUAGAUUCUCAGUGACUGAUUUCAACAGGACACGCCCCUUCAAGAAACCCCCCCCCCCCCCUCCACUCGGUUCUGCUGUAACCAUAGCAACCACACUCAAGCAUCCAUCACCGUCUCUUGGUGCCUUACAGGGGGGCGACAUAUCGACCAACCGGAACUACGCAAAAAAACUCAUUACUGAACAACGUCAACAAACGAGAGAGCGAAGAACCAACACCCUGAAGGUCCUGAUCCUCAAACAGCUCAAAGCAUCCAAACUCAGCUCCAUCAUCAUCAUCAGCUUUGUUCUAGAGAGAUUCAUCUCCAACAAUCCAUCCAGUCUCAGUGGUUCCACUUCACUCCAGAGCUGCUGUGGAACCGUCAGAAUAAACCACGACAGAAGAUGUUUAAUCACGAGAUGUUUAAUGAACCCAGAGCGGUCUGGCCACGAUCAUCUCCAUCAUCAUUCUGAAGUGAUUUAUUCCCAGAACGUUUGUUCCUCAACUCUCGAACUUUAGAACCCGACUCCUUCAGUACCAACGAGCGGUUCAGGUUCAGUUCUCCAGAGCAAUUAAGGUCCCAUCCAGAAACGGAUCCACGUCCACCCAGAGCAGUUCAAUGUACGUUCAGAAUCUGGAGCUUCAGUUCCUCCACCAGUCUAGAUAAAACGGUGGGUUUGUUUAUAUUUAAUACAGUCAGUCUCACUGCAGUCCAGAAUCCUCAGAAUAAAGCUUUAAAAUCCACUAUCCUGAAAAUCCUCUCAAAUCUAGAGCAGCUCGUCUUUACUUUAGACGGGUUCCUCUACCAUCUAGAGCGGUUUAUACAGCUAACUUCAUCUAUUAUCUUGAGCAGCUCUUUCCAGCUCUAGAGUUCUUCACUUAAACCUUCUGAAGCUUUAUUUUAUUUUUAGAAAAGACCAAAACCUAAAUCUCUACGUUGUGUCUCAAAAUAAUCUUCAGUCUGGAUUGUUUUACUUCCCCAUUAGUGUUUUUAUCCACCACAGGAAGUCUGAUCUUCAGUCCUGAGAGAUUCAUUCACAGUCCUCAUCACGUCACCUCUGUAGAGCUGAGAUCUAGAGCAGGUCCUGAAUCCAGAGUUCUUCCAGAUCUUCUGUGGUGCUCACAGGAUUGUUUAGUCAUUUAUUUGACUCAUAUAGACUCUAGAUUGAUUCAUUAUAGAUGUAGUCGGUUUCCCCAUUCAUCUCUCUCUGUUCUACAGCAUGAUCUCUCCAUUGUUCUUCUAGCAGUAAAAGUUCAUUCAGCGUCACGAGCUCGUCUCCUCUGAUACUCCUCGUUCUUCACUGUAGAUUUUAUCUCUUAUCCAGAGCAGGUCCUAACGAAUCCCGAGUGCUUCCAGAGCUCCACGCCGCGCGGCCGUUUGAGCUCAGAAUUAAGCCAGGAGUGCUAAGCGAGGUUUAGCGAUGGACUGAACGUCAGUGUUCUGCUGGAAAACGUCUCGGUUUGUUCUUCUGUAGCUGAAGAUCGUGAAGCAGAAACAAAAAGAUUUAAAGUGGAGAUUUUACAGAUUAGAAUUAUUUUAGCUGAAUGAAUGAAUCCUGAUUUCUGUAAUCGUGUGUGUGAGUGAAUCUCUAGUUUUAUAAAGAAUUUUCUAUAAACUCCUGAUUAAAGUCGCAUGUUUUUAGAUGAAGGUUGUUUAGAAGCUCGUCGCCGUUUAUCUUUGACGCUGAUUCCUGCAUGAUCGCCUGCAGUAAAUAAAUAAUGAAUUUUUAAUAAAGAUUAGAGUGGA